GUUUCCUUCCAGAGGUCAACAACAGAGCCGACCACUGUAGCUGAGUUAGCUAGCAAUUUAACCACAUUCCAACAGUAUUAUUGCGUUGUGCAACUAGCUUGUUAUGUAGUCUUUUUUCGGCUAUUAGCAGCUGGAAGUCGUCAGACUCAUAAAUAUGAAUAACGCGAUAAGUAAGAGAUUAAUCGGUGGUGGAAGUUGCAUGUGUAGGAGACUGUACAGUACUCCUACGGUUAGGUAUCCAGCGGCACCUCAGGCAACCCCCGUGCGUCUCAGUCAGGGAGACGCAGUGGCAGACGGGUCACAUUUUCACAAUAACAAUAAUGGGUUAUUGUCUUUAUCGCAACAUGUGUGUGCAGCAAGAAUGUCCCAUCAGAAGACGUUCUCUAGCAUGGCUGGCGGAACUAUGAAUGUUUUUGACAGAAACAUGAAGCGAAAACAGAAGAACUGGGCGUCAAUGUUACCGGACACACAGAAGUACGAUUAUCUGAGAGAUGAGGUUGGCAGAAGAGUUGCAGACAGAGUCUAUGACAUUGCAAGGACCUUCCCUUUAGCCCUAGAUGUUGGCUGUGGAAGAAAUCACAUUGCAGAGCACUUGAGCAAGGAUAUCGUUGAGAAGCUUUUCUUGACAGACAUCUCAGAAAACGCUUUGAAACAGAAGAAGGAGAGUGAAAUCCCCUCCCGCUGUGUUCUGGCAGACGAGGAGUUUCUCCCUUUCAGAGCGAACACGUUCGACCUGGUGGUCAGCAGCAUGAGCUUGCACUGGAUUAACGAUCUUCCUGGCGCUUUCCGGCAGAUCCAGCAGGCGCUGAAGCCGGACGGGGUGUUCAUCGGGGCCAUGGUGGGGGGAGAGACGCUGUACGAGCUCCGCUGCUCCCUGCAGCUGGCCGAACUGGAGAGGGAGGGGGGCUUCGCCCCGCACGUCUCCCCCUACACCGCCGUCACUGACCUGGGCAACCUGAUGGGGCGGGCGGGGUUCACCAUGCUCACCGUGGAUGUUGAUGAAAUUCAGGUGCAUUACCCAGGGAUUCUUGAAGUGAUGAAGGAUCUGCAAGGAAUGGGGGAAAGCAACUGUGCCUGGAACAGGAAGUCGAUGCUGCAUAGAGACACCCUAUUGGCCGCUGCUGCCAUCUAUCAAGAAAUGUACGGCCAGGAAGACGGCUCGGUUCCCGCCACGUUCGAGAUCUUGUACAUGAUUGGCUGGAAGCCUCAUGAGUCACAGGCGAAACCGGCGAGAAGGGGCUCGGGGAACGUCUCUUUCGACGAGCUUGGCAAGCUCACCCCGCCGUCCUCCCCCGCGCGAUCGAAGGGGCAGUAAACGCGUUCGUAUCCGCGGCUCGAGUGAUAAUAUAUGUUUUGUUUUAUCUGUCGAUAAAAGUGUCUUUGUCAUUAAAAAAAAAAAAAAAAAAAACCCCGAUCCCUUCUCGCCUGCCGGCUCGGAGCUGUCCCAGUUCCUGGUGCAUUUCCAAAGGCUGUGAAAAUUGUGUCUUUACAGUCAGGUGUGCGUUUCGGGGGGACAGGUGGCGUCAGGUCGGCCAUUUUGUGUGAGCGGCUCUGGACCAGUUAUGCAAUGAGGCCUGUGUUCAGGCUGAGGAGCCUCUUCUGUAAGACCUACUGACUGAUAUAAAGUAUUUUCUAUA